AUGCCAGUCUCCAAAAGACCACCGCCAAGUCGCUCUCCAAGCCCAACGCGACGGCCACCUCCCCCAUCCCCACCACCACCCCCUCCAUCACCAAACGGGGACCCAAUUCCACCCCCACCAGAACCCACCGCAAACGACAACGAAGCCAACAAAGAGAACGCCUCCAAAAAAGAAGAAGGCGAACUCUCCCCGGAACCGACGAACUACACGCUCGCCGAUUUCACCUAUUCCUCCUUCGACGUGCUGCUGCACCCGAUCGCCCCGCGGACGGAGACGGUGAACCUGAUCUUCCCCCGGCCGGGCCCGUUCUGGCAGUGGGAGGACGCGGUGCGGGACCUGCUGGAUUGCAUCCGGGAGCAGCGGGAACUGCGGCCGCACGCGGCCCCGUUCGGCGGGUCGAUCUACUGCGAGGGCCUGAUACGGUUCUUCAUGGAGGUGCCCCCGGCGAUCCCCGGGAGCGACUCGUACAUCAUGCAGUUCCAUCAUCAGGGCUACACGGUGUUCGACACCGAGUCGACGGAGGCGACGGCGGCGUGGAUGCGCACGCUGCAGGUGAAUCCGUCGUUUGAGGAGGAGUGGGCGGAUGAGAUUCUGCGGUUCCUGUUGGCGUGUGCGCAGCUUGCGCUGCGGAAUGGGUGGGUUAGGGACUAUAGGGAGAGCAAGAGGAGGGGUUAG